CCGUCUGUCUCCACCUGCUGGGUUUGGCAUGCUGUGAAUUAGUUGGAAUACCUGACAUUUCUGCAAUUUUCAGCCCUUCUUUGGACUUACUAACUCGAAUGUGGACCUGAAUCUAGAGCCAGAGGAAUUAACAGAUCACUGACCACCUACUCCUCUGCACGGAUGAGAUCUGUCUCCUAUUGGGAAGGCAGGCAUACAAAAAUGUCACCUGUCUGCACGCUACUUCAUAAGCGAAUUCCGGCAGACUUCUGUUACCAAACGAAUUUCCUGUAAGCACACAUCAAUACGAAGAACAUGGAGGUGGAGGAAGAGCAAAAUUUAACAGUCAAUGCCAAUGCAUCUGAUAUCCAAUCAAUCACACACAGUCUAUGGGAAGUUAUAACCAUAGCAACUGUAUCAGCGAUUGUAAGUCUGAUCACGAUAAUUGGGAACGUUCUUGUGAUGAUUUCCUUUAAGGUUAACAGCCAACUGAAAACUGUGAACAACUACUACUUGCUGAGUUUGGCUUUUGCAGACCUCAUAAUUGGAGUAUUUUCUAUGAAUUUAUAUACCUCAUACAUACUCAUGGGAUACUGGUCUUUGGGGAGCUUAGCAUGUGAUCUUUGGUUAGCUUUGGAUUAUGUGGCUAGCAAUGCCUCUGUAAUGAACUUGCUAGUUAUUAGCUUUGACAGAUAUUUUUCGAUUACAAGACCACUAACAUAUAGAGCUAAGAGGACACCCAAACGGGCUGGAAUCAUGAUUGGCAUGGCUUGGCUGGUGUCAUUUAUCUUGUGGGCACCCCCCAUAUUGUGUUGGCAGUAUUUUGUUGGCAAACGGACAGUACCUGACAAGCAAUGCCAGAUCCAGUUCUUCUCAGAGCCAGUGAUCACAUUUGGAACUGCGAUUGCUGCUUUCUACAUCCCGGUGUCCAUCAUGACCAUUCUGUACUGGAGGAUCUACAAGGAAACUGAGAAGCGCACAAAGGACUUAGCAGAACUCCAAGGUCUCAACUCUUCAGUUGACUCCAGCAGUGCCAACCCCCAGAAGACGAUAAUCAGAUCCUGUUUCAACUGCAGACAACCACCAAGUUCCUCCCGGGAUAGGAACCAGGCAUCCUGGUCUUCUUCGAAUCGUAGCAAUGUCGCCAGGUCUACCAUGGCUCCUAAUGACGAGUGGUCUAGGGCUGAUCAAGUGACCACUUUUAACAGCUACGCAUCCUCAGAAGAUGAGGAGCACCCUGGAUCUCCAGGGAUCUUCCAGGCGCCUUAUAAAAACCAGGCCAGUGAGGCAAAAGAAAGUUCUGUCACAAGUGAGAAUGAGCAACUCAGCAGCUAUGAAGAGGGAAGCUACUUCCCUUCUCCACCCAAGAGCAGCUCCCAAAAAGGCAAAAAAUGCGUUUCAUACAAAUUUAAGCCCGUUCCUAAAGAUGGAAGUCCCCAGGAAUGCAAAAACGGGGACACUAAAAUAACUCAAUCAUCAUGUUCUUCUGCAGAGUCCAUGGCUGCCCCUUCCACUGCCUCCUCCUCCAAACCCAUGGACACCACCUUGAAGAACCAGAUCACCAAGAGGAAAAGAAUGGUCCUCAUUAAAGAGAAGAAGGCAGCACAGACUCUCAGUGCCAUCCUGCUAGCUUUCAUUCUCACCUGGACCCCCUACAACAUCAUGGUUCUGAUCUCAACCUUCUGCUCGGAGUGCAUCCCUCUGUCUCUCUGGCAUCUGGGCUACUGGCUGUGCUAUGUCAACAGCACAGUCAACCCCAUGUGCUACGCCCUCUGCAACAAAACCUUCCAGAAGACCUUCCGCAUGCUGCUUUUGUGCCAGUGGAAGAGGAGGAGGACAGAAGAGAAGCUAUACUGACAAAAAAGAUCAACAGGUGGAUAUUUCCCUAGAUGUUCCCAACAUCUGUAUUAGGUCUUCAUGAGGCCCGGAUGGACAAAGCUUCAGUUGGUUGUGUUACAUUCGCCAAAUUCUGCUACUGCUAUUCUCCACAUUUUGUACUCGCAUGUAUGACUCUGCUAUAGGCACAUGUACAGUCUGACCCUGUCUACUCGGCAUAUCAAGAGCCUGCCUGUCAUGAAAGCCUUUAACAGGUGCAGUUGUAAAAUGUCUGUCACAUGAAUUGG